AUGGGUUGGUUGUUCGGGGAAAGAAGAGGUCCAGGGUGGAAAGACCAAGCCCUAGCCUCCGUAUCACCACCCCCUAUGCCUUUGCUUGGCAUCUUUAUCAUUGUCUUUCUUCUUUUAUCUCUUUCGUCUUACUUGGACUACAAGGUGCAGGUGCAUAGGACGGUGAUCAGCCUCAGACUAUUUCUCUUCUUGUUGCCCGUCAUCCUCUUCUUAUUAGCGCGGACGAUUUCUGUCCAUGGGAAGUUCGUGAUUCGGCUGCCGAAACUGGGGCACAACUCCAUUCAUCGAGCCGGGAGUUCGCCUUGGGGGGUGGCUGCGUUGGUGGUGGUGUUGUUGAUUUUGGUCUCUUACCAGUCCUCUUUACAGUCCAGGUGGUUUCGACCACUUUGGACAUCAUACUAG